ACUCGCUAUAUCAGACCUGGUCUUGAACAGUCGUUAACUCUUCAUUCCGAUAUUCUCUUCAUUCUGUCGCUCCCAUUUCCAUUGAGCUCCCAAUUUGCUUUCCUUAAGCAAACCAUCUUUCGUCAAUCUUCACCGUUUACGAACCUUUGUACAUCGGAUAUAAACCGGUAUACACACGUACCAGUAUAAAACACAAUCAAUUUCGCUUCCAAGCACCGAUACGACAUCAUAAUGCCUUCUCUUCGCACAAUUGUCCUCGCCACUGCGGCUUCAGCUGUCACUCUUGUCAAUGCCGACUACGUGAUCGACCCCGAUAGCGUUCCUCUGUCUCUACGUAAGGUGUGGUGCCAGAACGAGGUAGAGACGUGUCCCAUGAUCUGUGGACAAACUAGUAAGGGAGAUACCAAGGUCAACGAAUGCGAUCCUAAAUCUCUCACUUAUGGCUGCAUCUGUGGUGACGGAAAGCAACCUAACAUGUCUGAAUACUCCCUCACCCUCCCCUUCUACGUCUGCCAGGAAUGGGGUAACCAGUGCGUUGGGGAUUGUGCUGGAAGUGCCUCUUGUGCUUCUGACUGCCGCCAGAACAACCCAUGCGGUGCCCAAGACCCUAAGAAAUACAACACAACUUCCACAGCUACAGGCACUGGUGCUGGUUCUGUUAAGGCCACAGCUAGCGCUACUGAUGAUGCCAACACGGUUUACACCGACACACCUGGAAGUGACAGCGACGACAACGAUUCUGACAGCCCAGCGUCAACCAAGAGCAACGGCGCUUCUGUCAUCGAGGUUGGCCGAACAUGGGGCCUGACUAUUGUCUUGGGCACUAUGUUCGCCGGCUUUGCCAUGCUAUAAGCGUGUGAAAACGCUUGUCAACUUGUUGCAAUACUGCUCGGAGCGGAGUUCUGCAUUUGUUCAAUUCUCUUGUUUUUAUUGCGCAUACAUUCCUUGAAAGCCUUGGACGUCUAGGUGUUGGGUUGUCUUUUCUGGCGGUACAUUAUUGGCUUUUUAUGAUUUUGAUACAGGCAACGCCCU